GGUUUUUGGCAAUAUAAAGAGGCGUCUGGGCUGGACACGACUCAAAUCCAGAUCAGCUUCACAUACAGACAGCAACAUGUUCAAGAUCCUCAUCAUUACGUUGGCGCUCUGUCUGGUGGCUGUUAUUUUGGCUGCUCCUGUGGAUCAUGUUACUUCCACCACCCAGCCUCCCGUGGCAAUUUUGGAGUCGUCGAAUGAAAAGCACGAGGAUGGCUCCUACAACUUCUCCUACCUCUCCGAAGACGGCACCCACCGCAAAGAGGAAGCUGUGCUGAGGAAUCCGGGCUCGGACAACGAGUACCUCGAGAUAAGCGGCUCCUACUCCUACUUUGAUGCCAAUGGACAGGAAGUUACUGUCACCUACAAGGCCGACGACCAUGGCUUCGUGCCCGAGGGUGGUGCCAUAUUGCCGCAGAUUUCAGUGGCCGCCAAACAGGUCAGCCAGCUGGUGGUGGCCCAGCCCGAUCUGGAGUACGCCAAGCCCCCAAAGGUCUAAUAAAAAUCCGAUCAAAAUUAAAACAAA